AGGAAAGGAAGAGAUUGCUCAAGACUGUGAACUUGUUGAGUAGUUGUUUUUGAAUUUUAAUUCGGACUCCUUGUUGAGUAACUGGUGCGGUACUUGUACAUACAACGGUGAAGUAGAAAUUAUAUUCUCAACACAACGAAAAGAAUCAAAAUGAUGCCGUCCUCGUCAACAUACACUGCGUUCUCGUCCGCCUCUAGCUCUAUCCCGGCUCGGAGCAAUAAGAACUAUCCUGUAAUGCGAGGACAGUCAGUGCCAGGCGGGAUUGCGAGUUCGAACUAUCACAUCGGAGGAGGUGGACUGCAUCAAAUCACAUCAGCUGGUUCUUCGCAUGCUGGAGCUCAACGAUCUGCGCCGACAACACGAGUAACCGCAACACGAGCAAGAAAUCGCUUUACAACGUCCUCUACGUUGGUAAUCGCUCCUUGCGCUAAUCCUUCUGCAAAUGCGACUCUGUGUGAGAAUCCGUUUGGUCGUCCUCCAACAACCAGCACUGCUUCUACACCGAUCGUGUCUUCUGAUCCUUUCUCUGCAAGGCCUACAACUUCCAAGUCCUCAAUUUCAGCUGAUCAUGCUGAUCAUUUUAGAAGCGCCCUCACUAGCUCUAGCAACCCCUUGAACUACGCUUUCAAUAGAACUACUUCUGAAGGACUACAAACACGGGAAGAUCGAAAUGGAUAUAGAAGAGGUCUCUCAUCGGGUAUAGUACCGAAAGCAGCUGCUGGGGUGGUCCCAAAAGCACGGCCUGGACCAUACAGUCAAAUGAACCCUACAGUAUCGACACGGCCUGGACCAUACAGUCAAAUGAACCCUAUAGUAUCGACACGGCCUGGACCAUACAGUCAAAUGAACCCUAUAGUGUCGACAGCAGGAUCAUCUGGAGGUCGCGCUGGUCUUCAUGCAGGGUUGAAGCCUUUACCACAAGCUUUUCUGUCUCAAAGGGAAAAACAUCAGGCGAGUAGUGCUCCCAAAAAUAGAAGCGUGGUGGGAGGUGUGAACUAUAGAGCGCUUGCCGGAACAAGUAGUACUUCUGGAAGGCAAUUUGUACAGCAGGAACCACGUCAACAACAAGUUGGUAGAAUCGAUUAUACUGCGCUCAACAAUAGCAACAACAAGGAAAAGGCGUGGGAUGAAGGGCCUGCAGUCGAAGAUGUUGUACAAAGUACUAUUUGCCGCGCUCCUCAAGAGGAUGAAGAUGUAUGGUUCUGGUCUUUGGUAUAGCCUGAAUUUGAUCCUAAGGGUUCUCUUCUUGUUUUCCCUUAUGAUCAAAUUCAGGCUAUACCAAAAAUACCGGAACCAUUCAGAAGAACUACAGCUACUGGACGACUUCUCAACCAAUAUUUUUCCGAUUCCUGCAGACUUGAAUCCUGACUUGAUCCAAUGGUCAACGAGUGAGUUUUUCCGCGUUCCGGUAAAUGUGGACGCUAUUCCUCCGAAAAAAGGGAAUAAAAGGCGAAAACAAUGGCAAAAAGACAGGGAAUAUUUGAGUGUCGAAAAGGGAGAGGCAGUGGAAGUGCCACGUUUAGUCGCUCCUGGAAGAGUAUUGUUGAAAAAAGGCGACAGAGGAAACGAACAUAGCAAGGCGAAGAGGGCGCUUAAAGCAAGGGUGGUGUUAUGCAACUGGAAAUUUACGUGCUUUUUAGAAUGCCGACAAAGAGCAGCGAGACUUUUUUGAGGAUCCUCUUGCUUCAGUAUUAUAGAUACCUUUGCCAGCAACGAUUUUCUUUCUCGCUUUCUUUGAUAGGUAAACAGAGUUCGUUGUAUUUGUAGGAGAUCAUUCAUGGGAACAAGAGUUCGUGCCACACCAUUUCAUCCUUCUUUAAGUUCUCUCGCUCUCUACGAAGCAAAAAUGGGGCACCAGUUCGACAACACCACGCAUUCCAACACCGAUCUUCAAAAACGCUGGUUUGGCGCCCAAGGUCAGUCCAUGAGUUUGUGCGUGAAAACCAUUGUUAAUACUGAAUUCAGUCAGUUCUGCGUAGAAAAUGCGGACAAAGUGCGCCAUUUAAAAGCAGCUGGCGUGCCAGACGAUUGGCCUGAGAAGGUAUUAGCGAGGAGGAGAUUGAAAAAUGGCAUAGAAGGUGUUAAACGGGAAAGCGAAGGUGAUCUUGAUCUUGAUGACGGUGAUGAGGAGAAUUCUGUUGAUCUUAUGGGUGUAGGGAAUUCAUCUCCAAAGUCAUCUGGAAGAGAAAGACAAGAGGAAAAAGGGACCCAGAUGAUCCUCGAGAUGAAUUCCCGACACCUCUAACGAUGGCAGUGACUGAAGAUAGCACUUAAGCAUAUUUUCAUAGCUCGUGCAUCUAUAGAAGAUGAGCGGCCACAUCAUGUCACUAUGGAAGGAUUGAUAACGUUGACUGUGUGCACGUGCAGCACAAGAUGAAGACGAAGACUCUCAAGAUCCGUUCAAAUUCCAGCAUACCCGUUCAAGUUCCAGCAUACCCAUUCAAGUUCAGCUCUCCUUUUUCAAGAAAUUUACCACAAGUAGCGAAGCAAAUGAAAUUCGACCGAUGAGAAAUGUGAAUAAAGGGG